CGCAGUUGACCGUUGGCGGUGGUGGAGACCCGCGAGAUAUAGCGAGCGCCAGAGACCAUAUAGCGAGCACAAUAUGGGUGAGGAUCCACGUGUGAAGGAUCCCUACAUGCCCCUGGCGGUGGAUCUUGGCCUGCGGGUUGUAAUGUCCACAAGCGGGGGGGAUUCCGAGUACUCCACCCCCCUUCAGAGCCACCGGGCAUCCCGACACCUUGCCUCCCCGACCUCCUAUACAUCCUGCGAUACUCGGGACAUUCUGCGGAGUCUUCGGCGCCUCACCUCCGCAACUGCUUCCAUAGAAAGUGUUUAUUAUUCAACAACUGAGCUACAUGACCCGGGCGACCUCUCAGACAUGGACGCUGAGCUCAUCGCCGAUCACAAUGACAUCCUCAUGGAUGAUCUUAAUGGCCAGCCACCAAAUAAAGCUAAUAAGACCAAAAAGAACCCCGACCUAUUUAUGGAGGAUGGGGUGAGCAGCAUCGACUUCAUCCUGGUGUCGCGGGAUAGUGAUGUUGCCGAUGAUCAGAUCCACAUAGAACACGAGGAGCGACGUGAGGUGUUUGAGAAGAACCUGGAGAAGGAGGGCCUCAUCCUGGAGGUGGCCAGAGUCGAAGACGUUCCCCUCAGAUUCGUUAAGCUGCAUGCCCCAUUUGAAGUGUGCACGAGGUAUGCCGAGAUCUUGAAGCUACGCAUGCCAAUGAAAGAGGUAAGACAUACUCUGCUUCACUUGGAUUUGAUGAUCUAAAUUUAAGAAUGCUCUUUUAUUAUGAAACAAUGUUUGAUAUUUUACAAACUCAUGUAAAACAUGUGUUUGUCUAAAAACAAAAGCUUAUUCUUAAACAUUGUAUAUUUUAUUUUAGGAUAAAACUUCACGCUUUUGUAUUUGUGAAAUUUAUAUUAAGAAAUUACACCAAGUCUUUCGCACUCUCCUGAGUGCUUUGUCAAGGUCUGAGUGUGUGGUUGGUAAGAGACUUACAUCUCGACGACUAAUGAGGCUGUUAUCCUGGAUCCAGUCCUCUUAUCCUUCUUGACCACCUGACCAAGUCACGUCUAUUCCCGACUGCCGAUGUUCCUGCGGUGAUGUCUUCUAUGGAAUUAUGGUCAGGUGUCCCUCGUAACUCUCUCCAUACCCCAAGGAACGAGGCUAAUGGGACUGCGAUUAUGGGACUUACGAACUGGGACUUAUAAUGGAACUUAAGGAGUGUGAAAUAAUCUAUAAAAGUAAUAAUAUUAGAACUAGAAUGGUAGUAGAAGGGUUCUAAUAAAUACUCUGAACACUAUUGCUAGUAACAAAAGCUUUAUCUUGGAGGAUAGCUUUACUGUAUUAGAAAAAUGAUUCUUUUAUUAAAGAAUUUCAAUAUA